CCCCAACCCGGCCCCAGCCCGGUCCCGCCCCGCGGAGCGGCGCGGACAGAGACGCGGAGCGGCGGAACCCCGAGGAGCCGCCGAGAUGCUGAGCUCGCCCUGGGCGCGUUUCUACUCCAACAGCUGCUGCCUCUGCUGCCAUGUCCGCACCGGCACCAUCAUCCUCGGCGUGUGGUACCUGAUUAUAAAUUCGGUGGUCUUGCUGAUUCUGCUGAGUGCCCUGACUGAUCCUGACCAAUACCACCUGACUAGUGCUGAAUUAGGGGGUGAAUUUGAAUUUAUGGAUGAUGCCAAUAUGUGCAUUGCCACUGCAAUUUCUCUCCUCAUGAUUCUGAUCUGUGCAAUGGCUACAUAUGGUGCAUAUAAGCAACAUGCAGCUUGGAUCAUCCCUUUCUUCUGUUACCAGAUCUUUGACUUUGCCCUCAACACGUUGGUUGCCAUCAGUGUGCUGGUCUAUCCCAGCACAAUUCAGGACUACCUCCGCCAGCUGCCCAACAAUUUUCCCUACAAGGAAGAGAUUAUGUCUGUGAACCCUACAUGUCUGGUUGUGAUUAUCCUCCUUUUCAUAAGUAUCAUUUUGGCUUUUAAGGGGUACUUGAUAAGCUGUGUGUGGAACUGUUACCGAUACAUCAAUGGCAGAAACAACUCGGAUGUGCUGGUGUACAUCACCACCAAUGACACUGCGGUCCUGUUACCACCAUAUGAUGAUCCUGUGAAUGGAGCUGCUAAAGAUCCACCACCACCUUAUGUGUCAGCAUGAGUGAGAGUGCUGUGUCCCCAGGGACGAUAGCUUUACUUUACAGACAUUGAAGCAAUAGUUUGAUAAUUUCACUUCCAGGAUAUAACCUCUGUGGGUUACACUUCACUGUUUUGCUGACAUAUUGAAACAUAAAUUGUAUGACUCAUAUUCUGUAGAUAGUUUUAAUAAUUUGCUGCAACUACAGUAGUUUCAGAAACUAGUGAACUGUUUUCAGAAUAAUUCUGGGUAGCACUAGGGUUACAGUCGUCACUGAAUAGCUUUUUCCACCAUGUCUGACAUACAGUGCUAGUAGAACUUUGCAUUCUCAAUCAGGUUCAGAGUGUAACUUUAUUUUUUAAUUUGUAAAACUUCCAAAACAUUACAAAUAUGUUUCUCAGAUGCCCACAUUCAACUUCAGAAUACAGACCAAGUCAAAAAAAGUGACAUUCCAAUUCUUUCCUCUUCUGCAAGUAUUUUUGAAGUUACUAUGCUAUGAGUGAUGAUGAUGAUUGCAAGAAGAAGAAUUAGUCUUAUGCACUAUUCUCAUCAACCUGGCUAAUGGGAAACAUAUUUAAUUGGGAAGGAUAACUGUGGGAAAUGAGAAUAGAUGAAACACUCUAUGUGUAACAAGCCAGAACCUGUGGUCUACACAGACUCACUUCAUCCCAGCCUGAAACCAUUCUAAUCCUCAAAAAAAAAAAAAAAGGUUAGCAAAUUCUGAUUACUUUCUUUACCCACCUACACACCUUUUUCCUCUCCACUAACUUCUCAAAUAGUAUUUUGAGGUCACAAAAUCCCUGCUUUAAAGUCCCAUGAUUAGGUGACAAAGCUGUGUCUUUCACACUUAACAUGCAAAUGUUUUCCCAUCGGAAUGUGCCUGUAAAUACUGCAGUGUUCUGCUGAGUGUUAACUAAAUUAUGCAGAUUCUAAGAUACACGUUCCCAGCCUGUGGGGAACUUCAGCAUGUAAUUCCUUUAGCAUCAGCAGCUAUGUUUUGUCUGUUUCUCAUAUACAUCAAUGUGAAGGUAUAGAUUCCUUUUAUGACUGAACUGGUUGUACUGAGAAUCCUUCUCAUGGGACUCAUCCACCCGUGAAUGUUUGUGUGAGGUAUUUAUUUCUUCUCUAGAGAAGUGCCUCCUGCACGUGUAACUUUUUGUUUUGAUGAAGUUUCUACUUUUAAUUGAAAAGAAACACAAAAAGGGAAUAUAAUGUGUGUCUCUAUCUCUCCUUGUUUCCAUCUGCAUUGUCUCCUUUGUAUUUGGAGUGAUUGUCCAGGCUGAGGCUCAGCUGGUGCCAUUGCACAGCACUCAAGGAAAGGGCAGUGCAGUGUUGAGUCACAGUUUGGAGGAGCACCAGAAGACACCAAGGUGCCAUCUCUCUGUGGCUGGGCUGGCAUGGGAGUCCUGCAGCAGUCCGUGGCCUGAGACCUUAAGUCCAGCUACCGAGAGGGCGACCAAGAGCCCACGGCAGCAGGGGGAGUCAGUCCCGGUGGCAGGGCCCCAGGGCUGACUGCCUCAGGCACCCCUCGGCAUCAGAGGCCUUGGGCUGUGCCUGCAGGGAUGAGGUCUUGGAGAAAGCUGCAAGAUUGGUCGAAGAAUGAAGAGCCGGACACUUCCUGGGGUCCAAACAGGUUUAAUGCCUCUGGCAAACCAACAGGGAGCACCACGAACCGGCAGAGAGUGUCCAAGAGCAGUGGGGGAACAAGGGUUAUAAAGGGAGGUGGAAACCAAGGGAGGGGUUUACAACAAACCAAUCAGAGAAGGUCGAGGGAUUAGCUUAACAUAACUGACGUAAUAGGGACACCAAUAAAUACAAAGUAAAGGAGGGGCCCCGGGACCUCAGCCAACCACAACCCCCAGUGAGAAGAAGGCUCUGGAAAACUGGGAGGAGUGGGGGGUGAUUGACUGGGCCCGGGGAGGAGGAAAAGUUUACUUAUUAGGGGAAAAGGGGGAGGAGAAAUUAUGUAACGUGGGUAACUGACACUAACCAAGGGCAGGGGUAACCAUAGCAACCUAAGGUAGGGGUAUGGCGGGAAAACUGGGGAGGGCAGAACCAUUUUACACUGAACAAGGGGGAACAAUAUAUAAAAUGGGGGAAUAAUACAAGAAACUUAACAACACGCUACAACAGAGUCCAACCCUCCUGUCCUCACCCUUAGUGCAUUGACUCCAUUCUGCUCACUGAAGAAAUGUGGAACUUUUCCUGACUUUUUCUGGAAAAGAGCUUUCCAGGGGAACACAGGACCAACAAAUCCUUUUCACAGAGAUUGCAACUGUGAGCUGUUCUUGCAGAAGCCAGGGAAGGGAAGGAAAGGACAGAUGCUUUCUGCCUGUCCUUCCCACACCCCUGGCAAAGGCAGGUCCCCAUCUGCUUGUUGAAAUUUUAGUUCAUGGUUUAUCCACUCUGAGAUCAAGCUAAGCAAUGCCUUGGAAUGAACCAAUCCUGAAAACCAUCCACUGAUCUUUGUCACAGUCCUAUUUUUUUCCUUUCUGAAUCUCUCUGCCAUCUACUCUCAUUACAGGUGUCUUUGGGAAUUAAUCUGAAUUUGGGUGUUGUGCUGGCAGGCUGGGCUUCUGAGCUUCAUUUUCUUUCAUUCUUGACAGAUUUGUGAAGGAUGUUAAGCAGUCAUCUGUUUGAGAAAAGCUGGUUGUAAAUACAUUGCAUCUGUGUAUACAAACUUCUCUACAAUAAAAGGGAUUGUUUCCUGAA